AUUACACAUUACAGUCACGCCGAGCACGAACGCUCCCAGCAGACGGCGCUCCUGUGAACAAAACAAAACGGCGCCCUCUGCUGUCUGAAAGCCAGGGUCCAAUGAGCAACGUGCGCGCUCGAAAGACUGUUACUAUAGCAACUAGGUAACAAAGUGGAAGAGGGCAAAUCCUGUGAGUGAAGUGUGGGAAUAAUAGUCACAGAAUAUGGAGGUCCCGGGGUCCCCGAACGCCGUUCUGCAGCAGGUGAACCAGUUGUGGUCCAUGUUGGACGAUAUGUCCGUGAACAGCCCCGAAGGUUACCGGAAGUUUAUUGAGAAACAGAUGCGGGAAGGCGCCGACUACUGUUCUCCUCCUCAACCAGACUCCUGCAUCCGAGUUGGAAUACUUGGCCCCAAGCCAGGUGUGCUGUAUAUUAACGUGUGCUGCUGGAAGAGAGUGCCUGCUCCUAGCUCCCCGGAGCAGCCUGUGCCGGUGUGUGGAGGAAGGCUAGAGACUCUCACUGAAGGGAAAGAGCAGUACAGCGUGCUGGAUGUGGCGUACAGCCCAGCGGUGCUGGAGAGGGCGCGCGGUGAUCCACAGGAGAGGGAACAGCUCCACCUACUGGCCAUGAGCUACGUAGUGCAGCAGCACAGCCUCAGCCUCAACAGCCACAGGUACAAGAUGCACAGCAACCAACUCAAGGGAAGCCUGGAGAGCAUGAGGGACAGACUGACUCAGAAGCAAGCCAAACAAGCACCGUCGCCACCACCACAACCACCACAGGCAGACACAGUCCCUUCCCUCCUACAGCAGAUUUCCUCUCUCCGUGGUAAGGGGGGUGCGGGGGGUGACGAUGACGACCCCAGUGCGGGGGGAGGAGUGACACUGGAGCUGGGUGGCCACCAGAAGCCUCCUGCCAAGCCCGGCCUGAUCCAGGUGAUCUCCAGCUCGGAGAGCCGCCGUGUCCCCCAGCGCCCUGCCCACCGGCUCACCCUGAAGCCGGGCACAGGCGGCGCCUCGGGGGGUGGCCCCCUCAAAAGCCUGGAGCUCAGCGUGGAACUGCCUGGGGUGAGAUCAGUCACAGAGUGCCAGCUCAGUAUCUCACAGGACGACAUUCUGCUGGAGGUAGAGGACAUGUACCAUCUCCACGUGGACCUUCCGGAGACAGUGAAUGAGGAGACUGCCACAGCCACCUUCAGCAAGCGGACACACACACUCACACUCACAGUGGCUGUGCUCUAACCUCCAACCCACUGCCAAAGUGGUGGGCAUUGUUUCACCAACAUAUACUGUACACACACAUACAGUUCUUCACAUUUCACAGUAUUCAGCAUGAGCACAAAAUCAGUCCUUUUGAGCGUGUUCUAACACAGAAGCAUAAAGCACACAUACCUUGACCCUCACAGAGGCCAAGUUAUAACACACACACACACACACAUCAUUAUCUCUCCAUGAUUGUGUGCUAUAACUCAGAGACACAUUUAGCGCAUUCAGGCUGACUGAGGCCGGUGCCCGUUCCCGCACCUAAUCGUGAACUAGCCGUCGUGUUUGCUUUGCUGAAACUGGAAAAUUAGCCCUGGGGUUUACUGCUUACAGCAUUUUAUUUCAAUUAGAGCAGUGGUUCUUCAUCUGGGGUCCGGAGAUUGCAGGGGAUCUGAGGAUUUUUUUCUUAGUUGAUUUUGUGACCACAUUUCUGCUUGUGAACAUUACAAUAUAGGCCAAAUCAACAUAUUUACAUAAAAUAAAAAGAAAUAAAAUAAAACAUAUUUUAGCUCCCA